UUACACUUUUUGAUAUAUGGAAAUAUUACUGAUAUUUAGAUAAAUCCCUUUGAAAACAAGAAAGGAAGGGCUAAGUUUGGUUAUAACGUACAUUUUUUGCACAGAGGCACAUUAUUAAAAGACACUAUCAUGUGCUAUAUAAGCUGUCAUCGAUUGGCUAACUGCUAUAGACAAGCCAAUCGAACAAACUUUCUAAAUUUUUAUACGAACUGGCAGCACUGAAAUCGAAUUGUCUAUACUUGGGCGUACUGAAGUCUUUGACAGUUCGCUAACAAAACAAUUUAAUUUUCAAAGUUGGAAAAGAUAGAAUAAUUUUAUGUUAAAAACGAAAAUGGAAAACAACGAGUAUUUUAAUUUGGUUUCUCAGUAUUUACAAAAUGAAGAGGAGCUUAUGAUUGGGAGUGCUGGUAUACUAUCAUUUUUAGAUGAAUUGCCAUUUAGCUCCAGCUCGGAAUCUUCCUCAAGCUCUGAGGAAUCGGAAAGGGAGGAAACCUCUAAAUGCCAAAACUUUUGCGAAGUCAUUGAUGGCUAUGGUGAGAAUGAAUUCAAAUCGCACGUGAGAUUGCGGCGUUCGACCGCGGAAUUUUUAAUAGAGAAAUAUACAAAUGGCAUUGAGCCCAAAACAAAUACUAGUGGAAGAGAAAUUGUACCACCUAGAAAAAAAAUUUAUAUUUAUAUUUGGUACAUCAGUAACACCGUCACUUUUCGGCAGCUUGCUAAUUUGUUCGGAGUGUCUUCUUCAACUGCUUGGACUAUAGUAUCGGGUGUGCCUAGUUGGGUUAUACCGAUUUCUCACGAAUACGUUCGGUGCCCAAACAAUACUGUCGCAAUUGCAACAAAAAGAAAGUUUGAGGCAAGAUGUGGUUUACCAAAUGUUACCGGUUGUAUAGACUGCACUCAUAUCCGUAUAAAAGCUCCUAGAGAAAAUAAUGAAAAUUAUUUCGAUAGAAAGCAUACAUACAGUAUAGUGCUUCAAGCAGUUGUGGAUGCUGAUAAAAGAUUCGUAGAUGUAACUUGUGGUGAACCUGGUUCUCUUCAUGACAGCAGAGUUCUUCGUAGAUCGCAUCUUUUUGCACUAGCGCAGACAGAUUCAGAGAGACUAUUUCCAAAUGAGGCUUUCAUUUUGGGCGAUUCAGCAUACCCUGCUACAAAUUGGUUGGUACUAGCUUUUGAAGACUAUGGAAACUCGACCGCAUCGCAACGAAAUUUCAACAAAUUGCACUCUUCUACACGUAUAGCUGUAGAAAAAAAAAAAAAGAAUAUUACAUUUUACUGAACAAUCAAAUAUUUGUUUUGUAGUGAAUAUAAUUGUUAGUGCUUGUGUUCUUCAUAACAUAUGUAUAACUCUCGAUGAUUUAAGUAUUGAAAAUGACCAAGAUGAAGAUUUAGAAAACAGUUUACAAGUGGAGUCCCAUGAAGUUCAUCAACAAACAAAUAGUAGUAGGCGAGAUGAAUUAUUUCAAUAUUUGCAACACCAUAACUUAAUAUAAAUAAAAACAUGAAAUUUAAACAAAACAACUUCCUUUUAUUUCAAAUUGGAAGAUGUAGUCGGAACGAGAGAUGUAGUAUAGUCAUGACAUGUAUCGGGAAGUGAUUGGCUGAUAAUAAGGCCAACAGAGAGCGUAUGGCUGUUUCUAGCCAGUACACUAUCUCCGAAAGUUUCUCCCAUAUCUUCCAUAUAUGGAGCAAUACAUGGCAAUACCGUUUUAUACGCCGAUUGCAAAGUGCGCAUUUUAUUCUCCAAUGCUAUCACUGUUGUUGAAAAGUUCUAAUGAAAAGAAUUACAUAAAGUUUUUACAAAAAUAUAUAUAUAAACUUUUAACUUACGGUGAAGCCUUGUGCCAGCAUGUCCUCCAACACAUGAGCGUAUGCGUUGCGUUUUUUUCUUUGAUGGAGAAAUUCUUCUCUUCGGGCUAAGUAGCAUUUUAGUAGCUCCUUGGUUUCUACCACCGUCCAUGUCUUACGUUUUCUACAACAAAUUUAAUUUUAUUACAGUUUAUUAUACAAUAAAUUCAAUACAAAAAUACUUACGAUUUAUCUUCGCCUGCCAUUUUUAAUUUCAAAUUUGUAACAAUUUUUAUUAUUUUGAUAGUAAUUUGUCCUUUGAGCCGUUCACAAUAGUAAAAUGGUUCUAAAAUGUGUAAAACAAAACUUGGUAGCACUCAGCAAGCGACGAUCGAAAUUUUAAUGAGGUAUUCGCAUACUCUCCAGUACGAUUUCCACUAGAUAUCUUUGUUGUUGCUUUUACAUGUAAAAUUUUUGAAAGACGAGCAGCGCCCAAAGAUAGCGAGCAGAGACGUGACCAAUCGAUGGCAGCUAUAGUCGGCCUAUGUUAUAGUCUGAAUCCGACAAUUUUUAAAUGAGCGUUGUCACACCUCCAACGUACGGGGUAGAUCGCUCUACUUUUGUAGCGUGCGUUUUGAAAAACCCAUUAUAUAUUCCGAACGUGAACGAAUCUGAUUUAAUUAAAAAUUGUGUUGUGUGGCAUGUAAGUGUGGUUGUAAACCGUUUUCACCUAUUUUCGAAGCAGAACCGCGGUGGAAG